CCGGCACCUCUCGCGAGAGUUCCCGCCCGGCCCGCCAAGAUGGCGGCGGCCAUGGCGGCCCCGGGCCGGGUGCGCACCCGGGACGUGCUGCUGCCCGGCGGCCCCGCCGACUUCGGCUCGCUCCUGCUCUCGCCGCCGGUGCUGGCGGGGCUGGAGGCCGCCGGCUUCCACCGGCCGUCUCCGGUGCAGCUGAAGGCCAUCCCGCUGGGGCGCUGCGGGCUGGAUCUCAUCGUGCAGGCCAAGUCUGGCACCGGCAAGACCUGCGUGUUCGCCACCAUCGCCCUGGACGCGGUGCUGCUGGACAGCCCCGCCACGCAGAUCCUGAUCCUGGCUCCCACCAGGGAGAUCGCCGUGCAGAUCCACGCCGUGAUCACCACCAUCGGCACGAAAAUGGAAGGCUUGCAGUGCCACGUGUUCAUCGGGGGGACGCCGCUGAGCCAGGACAGGAGCAGGCUGAGGAAGUGCCACAUCGCCGUGGGCUCCCCAGGGCGGAUCAAGCAGCUGAUCGAGCUGCAGUACCUGAGCACGGCCAGCGUCAGGCUCCUGGUGCUGGACGAGGCUGACAAGCUGCUGGAGGAGGGCAGCUUCCAGGAGCAGGUCAACUGGAUCUACUCCUCCCUGCCUGUCAACAAGCAGAUGCUGGCAGUGUCGGCCACCUACCCCGAGUCCCUGGCUGCUGCUCUCACCAGGUACAUGAGGGAGCCCACCUUCGUGAGGCUGAACCCCACGGACCCCGGCCUCCUCGGGCUGAAGCAGUACUACAAAAUUGUGAAUUCCCAUCCCCUCCCACAUAAAACCUUUGAGGAGAAAACCCAGCACAUGCAGGAGCUGUUCAGCAAGAUUCCUUUCAACCAGGCCUUGGUGUUCUCCAAUCUGCACAGCAGGGCUCAACAUCUGGCUGAAAUCCUGACAUCCAGAGGCUUCCCUGCCGAGUGCAUUGCAGGUAAAUUCAUUCACAAUUUUGAAAUCCUGACAUCCAGAGGCUUCCCUGCCCAGUGCAUUGCAGGUAAAUUCAUUCACAAUUUUGAAAUAUUGACAUCCAGAGGCUUCCCUGCCCAGUGCAUUGCAGGUAAAUUCAUUCACAAUUUUGAAAUCCUGACAUCCAGAGGCUUCCCUGCCCAGUGCAUUGCAGGCAACAUGAAUCAGAGCCAGCGCCUUGAUGCCAUGGCUAAAUUAAAGCAAUUCCACUGCAGAGUUCUGAUUUCCACAGACUUGACAUCUCGUGGAAUUGAUGCUGAGAAGGUGAACCUGGUCAUCAACCUGGACGUGCCCCUGGACUGGGAGACCUACAUGCACCGCAUCGGCCGCGCGGGGCGCUUCGGCACCCUGGGGCUGGCUGUGACCUACUGCUGCCGUGGGGAGGAGGAGAACACCAUGAUGAAAAUUGCUCACAAGUGCAACCUGCAGCUCCUUCCUCUGCCAGAGCCAAUCCCCCCUGGAAUGAUGGAGCACUUUGAGGAAGGGCAGGUGGAAGUUAAACCUGCAAUACCCACGGCUCCUGUGGUGAACUCUGGCACUGUGAGUCCUCAACCAGAGCAGCCAGUGCUGCAGCCUGUCCAGAAUGGCUUUCCAGACAUUCCUCAGCCUCCCUCUAAUCUUCCAAGGGAUAAUUCUUCUGUAGAAAGGCCAAAAAAGACUCCGAAGCAAAAACAGAUUAAAAAGUGCACAAAUCCUUCAAAUGUACAGAAAAAUAGAACCCCCCAAACUUCCAGCUCUCUCAAAGAACAGAGGAACCAAGUCAAACCCAUCUCCAGGAUGGAUGGACACAACACUCAGGCUCCAGAGGAGGAGGCCUCAAAAAAAAACCUUCCCAAAAUUCCGUGCUUGUCUUCUUUCAAAACCCAACUCACCAGUCCCUGGAGCUUCUCAGAUUUUGUUGAAGAUUAUGAAUAUUUCAUUAAAGAGGGGUCAGAGAGAGAGGUGGAGAUUUUAAGGAGUUACUCAGGCCCAGGAGAGCAGCGUGAGCUGCCCAGAAAUGGGGAUGUGGAGUGGGAGGAGAUGGAACAUCACCCAGAGGCAGCAGCAGGCGGGGCUGACAGCGAUGGCUCGGAGAGCUCCAGGGGUUCCUUCCACAGCAGGGCCAGUCACUCGUGCUCUGAGGCCUUUUCAGACACACAGGAGCCAAGCCCUGUGCCCCCAGCAGGGUUCUGUGCCACACCUGAGGCUCCUCGGGAGCCACCCCACAGCCCGAGGCAAAAGGAAGCGAGGAAGAAAGUCCCGAAACAAAAUGCUAAGCACAAGAAAAGCCACAAGCAGCAGUUCUGCAGUCCUGCCAGGAGCAGAGCUGAGGAGGAGGGCAGCUGCAGCUCCUGGGGUGGUGCUGCCCACGAGGGCUGCAGCUCUGGGCACUGCUGGAGGUGUUACUGCGAGGCCUGGCAGAGCUACUACUCAGCAGUGGCUGAGUUCAGCAGGAGUUACUGGCACCUCAGCUGCAGCACUGCCCACCACAUGCACUCAGUCUAUCUCCAGGAGCUGCUCAGGGAUGAGGAUUGAUGUCCUGAUGCUGGCUGGGAGCAGGGCUGGGCAGGCCUGGGACAGCAGGGCUGCUCCAAAGGACGCUGACAAGAGAUGGGUGUUGUUCAGAUGGAGAAAAAUGGUGUCUGUAGAGGCAGCUGUGUCUGGGGAAUGCUUUACACGGGUCCACUGAGGGUGUUACAGUUUGUUAAUAAAAGGAAAAGAAAGCUG